CUCAAAGCAACUUCCAAAAACUAAAACAAAAUGUACAAGGUUAUAUUGCUUGCCACUAUCGCUAUGGCUGCCGCCAAGCCUAGCGCUGCUCCCUACACAGCUGCACCAUACGCAGUUGCCCCCUACGCGGCUGCCCCUUACGUAGCCGCACCUGCCCCUAUUGUAGCUUAUUAAGACCGUGCCAAACCAAACUUUUUGUACAUACCAAAUAUACCAAUUAAAAUAAUUAUGCUAUAA